CAAUCUUGCCGACCGAUUUGAAGGUGAGUGCGCACAUGGACCAAUGAUGUCGACGUCAAUAUACCACGGCGCUCAACCCAUCUCCAUGGCCCGGUAUUCGACUCGGAUCUGUGAUCCGGCACAUUCCUACAACGCCUCUCCAGAGGAAAUGGAAGAACGCACACUCAGCAGAAAGACCGGCAAGGCGUUUCUCCCCUUUUCUCAAGCCGAGCUGGAGAGCCUGUCUCCGCAAGCCCGCGGCCGCCUGACGCUGGAUCAAGUCAACACCGAAUACCGGCUCUUGUGGGAAUACUUUGUCCGCAAGAACCCGCGGAGCGAGAGUGCCCUGGCCUCAGCCAUUGUUGGCCUCAAGCCUGGCAAGUUUGGAGAGAAUCUUCUGCGCUGUCUGCGAGCUCUUGGUGUCCUGACUGUCGACAGCCGAAACAACGUCGUCUGGCUGCGAAAGUAACAUGUACAUACAAACGAUCGUCAAGUUCGCUGCUCCGACACCACAUGCAGAUUGCUCGGCUGACUCAUGGUCCUGCUCACUGGGUACUUUGAGCACUUGGGGGGAGGGAGAGGAUGCUUGUUGGCUGGCGCUGUUACUCGAUGCCAGGCCUGGAUCUGCUGCUGUCCCUGGAUCAUCGGGCAUAGCUCUCUCGAUAUAUUGGCCGUGCUUGCUGUCUCGAUCAACAGCAUGCGAGCAGCAGCCUCUGCCUUGGAUCCGGGUGGGUUGGGAACUGCCUCGAAAUCGGCGUUUUG